AUGCCCGCCGCGUGCACCAAUUGUAUCAGAUUCCACUACGGUGAAUGCCGGGAGCGCGUCAAGCAAUGCUUCGAAUGCAAAGGCUACAACCAUAUCGAGCGGUACUGUCCCAACAGGAAGAACCAGAUCAGACGUGUUGCUGGCGAGCCAUUGGCAGGUACACGAGCUUGGAUCGAGAUGCAUGGUCUACAACAUGAUCCGGAGCUGAAGAAGCGAGUAUUGAACGCAUUGAAGACCAACCCGGGUUCCGCAAUCUUUGUCAAUGAAAUUUGUAUAUACGUUGGUACUGAAAAGCACUUCGAUGUCGAGGAUAGACCAUCGCGAGGAAGAACCUUAGAGGAACGCAUCAAGAGAGACAGGGAGAGGUCCAGAUCACCACCAAGAUACCGACAGCCCUCUCCUCGGGUACAUAGUGGCAGAUCACCGUCAAGAGAGCGAGGACGCCCGGGCUACAAUGGCUCUCCGCGCCGGAAGCCACGGUAUCGGUCUCGUAGUCCUCUAAAACAGCGUCGCCGAACUCCUUCACCAUACCAGUUACCCGCACAUGCUCCAGGACGUCAGCCAGACUACCGACCAAGAUCGCCAAGAUAUGCCGAGAAUAGUAAUGCGGUGGUAUUCGAGGCCAGAGAGAGGGAUAGAUAUGAGGACAACAGGGCUGAGAACCGGGCUACCCGUGCUGCUCCAUUCAAAUUUAAUUUGCCGCCUGCUCAGCCAGACUAUCGUAAGCCCGAUCUGUUUAACACUGGCAGUCCUCGAGCAAACCUUCAGCAAAAUUCAGGAGAUGUGUUCAAAGAUCGUGGUCCCCUACAGACUCGGGAUACCAACUCCCAAGCCCUUCAGGGUGUAGUCAAAGAACCACAACCCCAAUCGCAAGCCCGAGUCUUCCAAGCUUCCAAAAUGACGCAGCCACAGACGAGUUCCACACCGCAAUCAUCCUCACAGAUAAAUUCCGACUUCGUGGAAGAUCCCCAUUUCGUUCUAGGCAUCACUAAAGGAGCUAGUCGCGAUGAGAUCAUGGACGCCUACCAGCAACGCAUGGCUGAGGUUGAGGAAGAACGUAGAGUCGACGAGGGGUUCAACGAAAGGAUGCCUGCUCAUGUCUGGGAGGAGAGUAUCUCUAUAUUGAUUGCGGCGAAGAGACAGCUGCUAGGUGGUCCAUGA